AUGGUUUCUCUCUCGUUCAUGUUCGCUGCAGUGGCAGCAUUGCUUCCGAUCGUUUCUGUUACUGCUCAACCCGGAGCAGCUCCCUCUGGCCGAGUAUCGCCGCCUUAUAAUCACGACUUCGAGUAUCCGGUUCCGAUUCCUCCUGUCAAGAAACCCAUGACCACAUACACCGACAGGAAGACUGGCACAAAGAUCGAGUUCUAUGAGGUCAAGAUCAAGGAGUUCACCAAGAACCUCUUCCCCGACCUCGAGGAUGCCACCCUCAUCGGAUACGACGGGAUGGUCCCGGGCCCCACCUUCAAGAUCAAGAAGGGCACCGAGACGGUCGUUCGCUUCGUCAACGAGUACUUCCGAGAGUCCUCGAUCCAUCUUCACGGCUCCUACAGCCGUGCUCCGUUCGACGGAUGGGCUGCAGACACUAUCAAGCCCGGACAGUACAAGGACUACUACUACCCCAACAAGCAGAGUGCCCGCACUCUGUGGUACCACGAUCACGCUCAGGGAAUCACCUCACUGAACGCCUAUGCCGGCCAGGCUGGCUUCUAUAUCGUCGAGGACGAGGCCCUCGAGGAGAAGUUCGACCUUCCCCGCGGCAAAUACGACAUCCCGCUCAUGUUCCAGUCCCGCUUCUACACCGCCAACGGCAACAUCAGUGACGAGAGCGCGCAGCGCAUCUCGACUUACGGUGACACCUACUCGGUCAACGGCCAGAUCCUUCCCCACCUCGAGGUCGAGCCCCGCAAGUACCGCUUCCGCUUCCUCAACGGUGCCGCCUCGCACACCUUCAACUUCACGCUCGAGAGCAAGGGCGAUUACGGCGAGACCGAGAAGGUUCCCAUGUGGGUCAUCGGCUCGGACUCUGGUUUCCUCUCCCACCCUGUCGAGACCGAGUCCCUCGUGCAAGCCAUGGCCGAGCGCUGGGAGGUCGUCAUCGACUUCUCCCAAUACAAAGGCCAGAAGCUCACUCUCAAGUCCGCCGACACCUUCGCCGACACCAUCUUCUACGGCACUGGCAACGUGAUGCAGUUCCGCGUCGGCCACAAAGUCACCAGCCGCAAGGGCAACGGCCCGCUCCCCGCCAAGCUCGUCGACCUCGACCUCCCCGUCAACCACGAAGCCGUCGACCAGCACUUCCAGUUCGGCUUCGGCCCCAAGGGCCCGCCCCCCGCCGGAGAGUGGACCAUCAACAACCGCUCCUUCGCCGACGCCAAGAACCGCAUCGUCCGCAACGUCCCCCGCGGCACCACCGAGAAGUGGACGCUGCAGGGCGGCGGCGGCUGGUCGCACCCCAUCCACAUCCACCUUGUCGACUUCCAGAUCAUCGCGCGUGAGGGCGUCACUCCGCGCGCCGGCACCAACACGACCAUCGGGCGCAACUACGUGACACCCUACGAGGCGGCCGCGCUCAAGGACGUCGCCGCUCUCGGCACCAACGAGAAAGUGACCGUCCUCGCCAAGUACGCGCCCUGGGACGGCGUGUACAUGUUCCACUGCCACAACCUGAUCCACGAGGACCACGACAUGAUGGCGGCGUUCAACAUCACCUCCCUCCCGGAUUUCGGCUACCCCGAGACCACAAAGUUCAUCGACCCCAUGGACCCCCGCUUCCGCCCCCAGGAGUACCGCGGCACCUCCAUCCGCACCCUUAGAGACGAGGUCCUCCCAAACUUCGCAAAGCUCCGCGCUUACAAGGACGUCAAGAAGGUCGAGGCCGCCCUCGAGGAGUACCAUGCCACCCGCGUCGGCCCCGCGCUCACCGGCAAUGCCAUCGCCGAGAUCGCUGAGCCUACCGCUACUGUGGCCUAG